UCGAGGUGCGACAUCUUUGAGCCUCGUGAGACAAACCUCGCGUAGUGUGAUUGCGGUUCCACUUGCACGGCGAAUGCCGCGCGCAGAUCGAGCUCCAUCAGCGAGCGGUCUGCAUCGAAGCUGCUGCUGCUUACUCCCGCUCAUAUAUGCAGCAGCGCCUCUCUCUGCUCGCAAAAGCGUGCCGACGAGGUCCGAUUCAUGAGAAGCGCUGCAUCAUCCUCGGUGAUGGCGCGCGCUCGCUGCUGUGGGCAUUCUUCGCUCUUGCACGGAUCUCGUUGUGGGCCGUCUCCCUCCCUCUCUCCCAUGCAGCAGCAACGGACGGACCGCGCGGCCGCAGCUCCGAGGUGAUUCGUCCGUCAUAUCGCGCGACACGACUUUUUGCUGAUGCUUUGUCAUUGCAUCCAUUCUCUUCUUCCGCUAGCUGCUGUUCGGCCCCGAUCACCCGACCCCGAAUGAGCGUGGAUUUGGAUCAAAAGUCAUGCGUGCAAAUACAGAAGAGGAUGGUGGAUGCAUGGCUCCCUGAAACAAAAAAAAAAAGAUUCGUGAUCGUUGUGAUUGCAUGUUGGGCGGAAGCAACGCGCGCUACACGCCGCAUUCGUGUCACGUGAAAGGUGUGCUGAGCGCAACGCGCAUCACCCGGCAUGCACUCAAGACUCGUGACUUUUGCCAUUUCGUGAUUGCGUGCACCACAUUCACGAUUUACGAGUUCAAGCCAUCAUUCGCGCCAAGCUGCUCACCAAAUUGCGCUACUCACAACACUACAAGCCAGCGGAUGGAUGAUGAAAGCACCAUAGCAAGGAGGAGGAGGAGGAGCACAUGUCAUGAGCUGCGUCUGGAACGCUUUUCACCGCGCGCACCAAUGACUCACGAUAAGAGUCG